AGCACUCUGUCCCUCUCUUCUCUUUCUCUUACUCCUCUUUUUCUCUCUGUCCCUCUCUCAUUCUCCAGCAGCGAUGUAGUCCUCUCUUAAACUUUGGCAGCUCUUUGGUGAUGAAGCCCUGACUGACUGAUCCACCACUCCUGGACCUCUAUGGAUUCAUUCCUUCCUUCUUUUUGAGGUCUUGUUGUCCUCUUUCCAGAAUCGCCUCUCUCUUUGUAUUGCCUUGUGUUUCGUUGUCGCGUCUUUGUAUUUGAACUAUGGCCAUGAAGGAAACUGUACUCCCUAUCAGUGAGGUGUCCAGUCCAUACCCAGAGGUCAUGGAACUCAAUGUUGGUGGCCAGGUGUAUGUCACCAAACGUUCCACCUUGGUCAGCGUACCUGACACCACCCUCUACACCAUGUUCACCCGCUACACCCCACAGGAACUUCCCCGCGACAGCCGAGGACGCUUCUUCAUCGACCGCGAUGGCUUCCUGUUCCGAUAUGUGCUGGACUUCCUUAGAGACCGCCAGCUGGUGCUACCAGAACACUUCCCAGAGCGGGAACGUCUUCAGCGCGAAGCCGAACACUUCCAGUUGGGGGAGCUACUGAGAAUUCUCGGCCCACGUGUCGCCAAACAAGGAUCGCUUAACGAUGAGGGCUGCCAAAGUGAUAUUGAGGAAAGUUCUCAGAGUAGUGAGUUGGUGACUCGAACGGGAAACAGUGCCACCAACUACGGAACUUCUUCUUUUUCCCAAGACAAGAGGUCAGGGUUCAUUACGAUUGGUUAUCGGGGGUCGUAUACGAUGGUGAGGGAUAACCAAACUGAUGCUAAGUUUCGGCGUGUGGCACGGAUCAUGGUCUGUGGCCGUAUCGCUCUGGCAAAAGAGGUGUUUGGGGAAACGUUGAAUGAGAGUCGAGAUCCAGACCGUCCACCGGAGAAAUACACCUCACGCUUCUACCUAAAAUUCACCUACCUGGAGCAAGCGUUUGACAGGCUGAGCGAGGCAGGGUUCCAGAUGGUGGCCUGCAACUCGACUGGAACAGCUGCAUUUGUUAACCAGUACAGAGAUGACAAGAUCUGGAGUAGCUACACAGAGUACAUCUUCUUCAGGCCUGCCUGCAAGUCAGCAUCCCCUAAAUUGGAGAGUGAGGAGCCCAAGUCAGAGAAACUGCUGGAUAAGGCGAGUGAGAGCGGGACCUCCCUGAACGAGCUCUCUACCUCCAGUUCUGAGACCCACUCCGAGGCCACUUCGCCCCAGGAUGGAGGCCCUAUCCUGGUUUCUCGUGGCGAGGUUGUUGGGGGCUCCCUGGCCCCAUGUGGUGCCCUGCACUCUGUCUCUCGGCCUCCGAGCACGCUCACUCUGGGUCGACCGCCAAAGAAAGGUUCCUCCGUGCAGUGGAUGGAGCUACCGGAUAAACGGCGGAACAGUGAGCUGUUCCAGUCCCUCACCAGUGGGGUGUGUCCACGGGAAGGUGGAGGCAGUGGUCUUACCAGGAGGAAGACUCUCGAGAGGCCAAAUGCAGAAGAGGAUAUGAAACAGUGCAUCCGAGAUUUCCGAAAGAUUAAGAUUCCUCCGGCAUUCCCAGAGCGCAAGCGGCAGUGGCAGUCGGAACUACUUCAGAAAUACGGCCUUUAAAGGAAUCUCAGGAUAGAUGAAUGUGUUUUAACUACACAUUCUAUUCACAAUCAUACACACUAUAUUGCUAUAGUUUUAAUUCCAAAAAUACAGAAUUGCUCAAAGGACUUGAUACACAUUGAGAAACAGAACCAAACAACCAAUCAUCGAAAAAAAAAAGUUGAAAGAAAGAACUUGGGAAUAGAACCAAUUUCACUUUGAUACAUUUUUUGGCAUGAAACUACAAGGAUUGACAGCACCAUUGCUGUAGUAUUCAUCUCUUUAUAACUUGAAGAACUACCAAAAAAAUAGAUGAAGGAAAACGUUUUUGAUAAAGAUGAGAUUCAAUAACUAAGAGCCAUUCCAUUGUUCUGAAAGUAUGUAGACUCUAUAGUGUAAAGUACUGAACUGACAGACAGUGGCAAAGUGGAAAUAGAAAUGAAUCCUGUGGUAGUCAUGUCACUUCACUGAAGAAAUACAAAGCACUUGAAUCAGUCUAGAGUCUAUAUGAUUUAUGUGAA